CACCCCUUCAGCCCAUUACUCACCACCACCAGCAAGCGAAGCUUCGUACACGCGGCGAGCGGGCGGGCGGCCGCGCUUCACCUGCGCUCCCCCCCCCCCCCCCCCCCCCCCCCGCCUCGUUAUCUCCACCUCAAUUCGCUCCGCUGGCGCCACACGGCCGGAGACCGGAGUGCGAAGGUGGACUGGGAGGCUUGUCUGUUUCUAGCUUUCGGUUCCUCAGGCGCCUCUGCCAGCGAUGUCUGAGGGCGGCCGCGGUGGCGCACCGGGGAAGCUCCGGGAGGCCGCUUGCAACGCCUUCGCCGGCGGUUCGGCAGGGGUGAUCUCGGCCACGGUACUGUGCCCGCUGGACGUGAUCAAGACGCGGCUGCAGGUGUACGGCCUUCCUUCCAACCUCUCAUCUGGCGCGCCGCCGGCUGGUAGGGUGAUUAUUUCUGGUUUUCAGCAGAUAUUGAAAAAUGAAGGCUUGCCUGGGUUGUAUCGUGGUCUUUCACCAACAAUUGUAGCACUGUUUCCAACUUGGGCUGUAACCUUUUCGGUUUAUAAUCAUGUGAAGGGACUUCUUCAAUCGGAAGAUGGUAAUAACAGUGAACCAUCUGUCCAAGCAAAUGUUCUCGCAGCUUCAUGUGCUGGAAUUGCAACAGCCACUGCAACAAAUCCACUAUGGGUUGUGAAGACUAGGCUACAAACACAAGGGAUGAGACCUGGAGUAGUGCCUUACCAAAGCAUCUUAUCUGCUUUGCAGAGGAUUGCAAAAGAAGAAGGAAUCCGUGGAUUAUACAGUGGUCUCCUGCCUUCUCUAGUUGGGGUUGCUCAUGUAGCCAUCCAGCUCCCAGUCUAUGAAAAGGUGAAACUAUACUUUGCUAAAAGAGACAACACUACAGUUGAUAAACUCAGCCCUACACAAGUAGCUAUGUGUUCGUCAGGAUCCAAAGUAGCAGCCUCGAUAAUAACAUACCCACAUGAGGUUAUACGAUCCAAGUUGCAAGAACAAGGCCGUGAUCAUCGUGGUGCUAUGCGGUAUAGUGGUGUAGCUGACUGUAUCAAGCAAGUUUACAGGAAGGAAGGUUUUCCUGGCUUUUACCGAGGCUGUGCUACCAACUUGUUGAGAACCACCCCAAAUGCUAUCAUUACUUUUACCAGCUUUGAGAUGAUCAAUCGAUUCAUGCACCAGCUUCUGGCCCCGUAAUCGAGAGCAUGAAGCCAGCAAAGUUCCAUUGUUGAUCUAGCAGAGAUGGAAAUCCAAUCUAGCUGCGGGUCUGAUGGUUAACAUGGUUGUUGUCAUUUUCCCAUUCUGACGAAAUGGUGGCUGUUAAACACAGGUUUUGGUGAGAGAGAAUCAAAAUAUUCUGUUUUGGCGUGUUAUAGAAACAUGAGGAGGGACCAAAAAAUGAAAAUAUCGAGCCAAUCCUUGUCUGCAAAAGAUGCCGACCUGCUAGUUGCCGAUUUUUACUGAUUUAAGCUCAAAAUCGAUGUGACCAGUUGUUACGGUUGAUCACAUAUUGCAUAUAGAAGCGAUUGAUGCCUAGAACUCUCAAAGAAGCCAGGACUCCUGCGAGUCUUGUGAACAGGAUAUGCAUUUCCGUGCAAACAUUGCUCUCUGGUUAUGCUAUUUUUUGUUUUAAAUGA